AUGAAUUUCCUUGUAUUCAUUCUUUCCCUUUUCUUCUUCGGUGUCAUUCCAACCACACCGUUACAACCGAUAGACCUUAACCUUAGCAGGGAAAUAUCGCGAUGCUUUGGUGAAUGUCAAAAAAGGAUGAGGAAAACGGAAAAGAAAUCCGUUAAGAAACUCGACGCAGAGAAAUACGGUUGCUACAUUCAAUGUGUCGAUUGGUUUAUGAGAAAAUAGAGCAAAAAUAUACCUCCGUUCAUCAACAGGAAAUUGAGGAGCAUCAACUUGUGCAA